GCCCUCCCCUAAACAGAAAGAGCUGGCAGCGGGGACGGGUGAAACUAAACAAAAAACAGAAAAUUAUCGAGAAAAUAAAACAAGGAAGCGGAUAGAUACCGGCAUUUCACAUGACCCUCUCUGUGUUUUUCCCUUCUUUCAGUAAUACAGGCUAUGUUAAACCUUCUGUGGAGUGAAGCUAGAUUUUUGUCCGGAUACAUAGAUAUCUCAGAUCAGUCGUGCUUCGUUUCCCCCUUUCCGGGCGUGUUAUUAUUUAAUUUUAUUAUUAUUACUUGCUUUAUUUUAAAGAAUCAAAGAAAUACCCGGUCAUAUGCAAAAAGGCGUUGAAAACAAUGAAGUUUCAGGGUCGACGCUCCAAAAAAAGAGUCCAUUCUCACUCUUUCCAUCGACAAAUGGCUGGACAUUGCGAGGCAAGAAGCGGAAACAGAGGAAGAGAGAUGCCGACUCCCUCAGCCUGUGCAGCCUGGACAUCAAUGAGCCCAGUAACAAGCGGACCAAACCCCUGUCACGGGUCACAUCACUGGCCAACCUCAUCCCCCCGGUUAAGUCGGCUCCACUGAAGCGGAUUGGACAGACCAUCCAGCGCUCCAUCAGCUUCCGCGGAGACAGCCGUCCUGAGAUCAUGGCCCCAUGGCCCCGAGGUCGGCACGGGGCCCCCGCCAUCACAAAGCGUCGGGACAGCAAGCUGUGGAGCGAGACAUUCGAUGUGCGAGUGGACCAGAUGCUCUCCUCCAAGGAGAUCAAGCGACAGGAGGCCAUCUUUGAGCUUUCCCAGGGUGAACAGGACCUAAUCGAGGAUCUGAAGCUAGCGAAAAAGGCCUACCAUGACCCUAUGCUUAAGCUUUCCAUCAUGACCGAGCAGGAGCUCAACCAGAUCUUCGGCACGCUGGACUCGCUGAUCCCACUGCAUGAAGACCUCCUCAGUCGGCUAAGGGAGGCCAGAAAACCAGACGGGUCCACGGAGCAUGUGGGACAGAUCCUGGUGAAUUGGCUGCCCUGUCUGGAUUCAUACAACGGCUACUGCAGCAAUCAGGUAGCAGCCAAGGCACUGCUGGACCACAAGAAGCAAGACCGCCGGGUCCACGAUUUCUUGCAGCGCUGCCUGGAAUCGCCCUUCAGCCGCAAGCUGGACCUCUGGAACUUCCUGGACAUCCCGCGCAGCAGGCUGGUCAAGUACCCAUUGCUACUGCGUGAGAUAGUCAAGCAUACGCCCAACGAUCACCCCGACCACCAGCUCCUGGAUGAGGCGAUUAACAUGAUCCAAGGGAUCGUGGCUGAGAUCAACGCGCAGACUGGCGAGUCGGAGUGCCGCUACUACAAGGAACGUCUGGUGUACCUUGAGGACAGCCAGCGGCACGUGCUGAUCGACGAGUCCCGGGUGCUCAGUUGCCACGGAGAGCUGAAGAACAACCGGGGGGCGAAGCUGCACGUGUUCCUGUUCCAGGAUGUCCUGGUGAUCACACGCACCGUCACACUCAACGAGCAGCUCUGCUACCAGCUAUACCGGCAGCCAAUCCCAGUGCGUGACCUGGAGUGGGAGGACCUCCAGGACGGCGAGAUCCGCCUCGGGGGCUCCAUCCGCGGAGCCUUCAGCAACAACGAGAGGACCAAGAACUUCUUCCGAGUGACGUUCCGCAGCCGAGGGCAGCUCCAGUCAUACUCCUUCCAAGCCAGCGACUCGUUCAACAAGCAGCAGUGGCUCAACUGCAUCCGACAGGCCAAGGAGGCAGUGGCGGCCAGCUGCGAGGCCAGUUACCCAGGGAACCCGCUUUCAGAACAGGCUGCCUCUAGCUUGGAGCACAUGGACCGUAGCGAUAGCGAUGUCUCGGACUGCAGCAUGGACACCAGCGAGGCCAGUGCUGAGUGCCUGCACAUGGAGCACUCGGACUUGGCCGGCAGGCCCCUGGAGGUGUGACCUCUGACCCCAGUGACACUUCAGUGUCAUUAGCAAAUCUAACCUGUGCAGUAUUGAAUUACGGAGAUCCUUCCCUGGACCAGAUGGGACUGCAGACUAUGUGAAGCACUUCUUAUUGCCAAUAUUCUUACUUUUUUUUUCUCCUUGAAGGUGAGGGUGUACAGUGUGUGUAUGGUAGCUAUGCCUCGGUCUUGGCCUGUGCUGAGUCCCUUGGAGAGGAAAGGACCCUGUGAGUAGGGUCUUCAAGAGAGUCUGAUGGACCAUUGUACCACAACCUCUAUCACAGGGUGCUCACUGGACAGGUGUUGUUUUGUUUUCUGGGGAGUGGGGGGUGUCUGAACAAUCAAAGGUCACUUGCAUCUCUCUUUUUCCUCUCUGCAAUACUACUGUGGCCUUUCAAGAUGCAGAUGCAUUUGAAUAUGUAUAUAUUUAUGCAGGAAGUAGAACAUGUUUGCAGCCAGAAUGCCGAUAUAAUGACCAGCAGAAUGUUGAAGGCAGUCUAGAGUAAGCCAAAGGUAAAGCUGUUGUGACUGACUGAGGCAAGGAGACCACCAGGGAAUCUGCUAAGUUUUCAAAGGUCUUUGGGCAUCACGAGCAAGGCAACACCAGUGUCGGCAUGGAGCAUAAUGCUCUGGCUGCGUCCCACCGUUCUACACCAUCCCAUUUCUGGAGUGACGAGGCGGAGGGUCUCCUGCAGCUGAACUCGCAUAGCUGUCUGAAGGAAAAUGAAAGUAUUGUUACUGUGUAAAUAAGGCCUGGUGUGCUCGGUCACUUAGUCCUCAUGUUCCGUGCGCUAACGUGUUAGCCAAAGCUACAGGGACUGCUCAACUACUGCCGAAAAAAGGAAAGAAAGAAAAAAAAAAAAAAGUGUUUACUGGUUUGGUUUAAUGUUCUUAAUCUUUAGAGUCAUUGACUGUGUAAUGCAUCCUACGAAUUUAUUCAAAAUGUAUGCCUAUUAUUGUAUUUUUUUUAAAGAAAUGUAUAAAAUUGAUCUUUUGCCUUUUAUUUAUAGUGUCCCUUCCCAAAAAUAGACUCCAUCUUUUUCCCCUCUUUGUUUUGGUUAAGCUAGAAUGUGGUAUGAUGGCACAGGAUAUCACGUAAGAGGAUUAUAUGAUAAAUGGGGUAUCAAAAUUGAUAGGUUUCCCAUAAAUAAUGUUAAAUGUAUGUAUAUGUUUUAAUUAUAUGGAGAGAGAGACUUAUAUGAAAGCACUACUGUCUGAAGGAGAGAUGACUGUGUUUAGAGAUGGUGUGUUCGUGAGGAUGUGGAAAGGUGCUGUAAAUUGGAGCAGAAUCAUAACCAAAUAAAGGACAUGAACUCUGAA